AUGAAAAGAUAUCUCAUCCUACCAUGCCCAGAAAACAAUGCAAGAUUUUUUUUACUCAGUGAUGCCAUGUCAAAAUUGGAAAUCCUCAAUUUAUCAAAUAAAAAAACAAAAAAAGAAAUAAGCAUGAAAAUUGUGAUAAAAGAACAAAAAGUAAAACUUUUCAUUCUUGUUCGUUUAGACAUCAGUCAACAAAGAUUUCUAUCAGGAAAAGAGGAAAAAGAUUUCCUUUCGUCGAAUUUAAGUGAGGGAGGGUGCAAGGAAAAAGACCUCGUUUUCAAAAAGAUGUGGUGCACGAGAGAAGAUCUUAGAGUUAAAGACUUUUUCCCUACUUUUUCUUUCUUUCUUUUUCAUUUGGCUUCUGAUCGUGUUCGUGUUAACAUCAAAACUUAUAACGUUUGUGAUGAAAUGAAAUUUCUUACUCAAAUAGCACAAUUUAUUGCAAAGUUAGCAGCUGAUUAA